AUGUCCGUAGACCCGAAUGCCCCGUCGGCUCUCAACCUAGACGAUGAGCCCUACGAGUCCGCCGAAGACGAAGAUUUCCAACUCGACCCAGCCCAAGAUGAGUCCGAGCUAUCCUCAUCCGAGGACGAAGCUGCCGAACCCGAGAAGAAGAAGCGCAAGACCGAUAAGAAAGCCAAGAUCGUCACAGAGGAGCUAGACUCUGGCGAUGAGGCAACGAUACGGAAAGCGCGGGAUAAGCGGAACAAAUUGAAGAAGAAAAAGGGCAAGGGCAAGAAUGCGGUCGACGAGGAGGAUCUUGACUUUGACGAGGAUGAAGGGGGAGCUGGAGGGUUUGUACGGACACGCGCGAUGAAGAAGCAUAUACAAGAGGAGGAAGAGCGGAAACCGUUGGCUCGAAUCGAUGGCGCGACGGUGGAUGUCGAUGCCCUGUGGGCGCAGAUGAAUGCUCCCGAGAGUCAAAUGAGCCUGCAGGCAUCCCAGAUCGAGAACAAGCAUGAACCGGCGCCAGACGAAACCGACGGUAUUGUCGAUGCGAACGCGCCAAACCAGGGCGCCCCAGAACCGGAAGACAAUGCGCAUCAUGGCCAGCACAAGGAACAAAUGGUGAAGAUCAAGCGCACAUACAAGUUUGCGGGCGAGAUGAUCACCGAGGAGAAAGUUGUUCCGAAGGACUCUGCCGAGGCUAAGGCGUUCCUGUCUAGCGGCGAGGCUGUGAAAUUCACAGAGGUCGAUGAUGCCAAUGGUGUGGCGGGGAUUCGCAACCUGCGCUGUCCUCUCCGCAAGAUCUCGCGGUUUGAUCCCAACCCGACCGGCUUGAUCAAGAAGAGCUGGGAGAGACAGGCUACCACGGAGUCUGCGACUGACGCAACUGGGCCCAAGAUCAACACUGUCGAGAAAUCCAGACUCGACUGGGCACAGUACGUGGAUCAGGCCGGGAUCAAGGACGAACUGCGGACAGCCAGCAAAGCCAAGGAAGGUUAUAUGGGCCGUAUGGACUUUUUGGGACGUAUGGAAUCCAAGAGAGACGAGGAAGCUCGACAGGCUCGUCUCAAAGGCAUUUGA